GUAAAGAAGCCCCUCGAUGAAGAGCAGCAAGCCACGCAGAUCCAGGCCUGGUGGCGGGGCACCCUGGUGCGCCGGACGCUGCUGCACGCCGCGCUCUGCGCCUCCAUCAUCCAGCGCUGGUGGAGGCAGGUGCUGCGGGAGCUGCCAUUGUUGAAGCAGAAGAGGCAGCUGGAGGCCUACACUCAGCAGACGUGGGCGGCGGUCAAGCUGCAGUCCUGGUUCCGCAUGUGGCGCGUCCGCCUCCGUUACCUCCGCCUGCUGCAGGCCACCCGCAUCAUCCAGCUGUACUGGC